AGCGAAGUCCCAGUGCGCGCCGCGGCUGCCCGGGUACCCUCCCCUUCCGGGCGUGAGGCGCUGUGAGAAGAGCUGAACCGAGAGGACUCGAGCCGGCAGCGAGGACCCUCUGCCGCCGCCCCAGCCCAGCCUCUCUUGGCUUCAGCGCGCCCGUCGUGGGGGCCCGGUUUCCUCAGUACACCCAGAUUCAGCCGCCCCCAGAGCCUGCUCCCAGUCCUUCGAAAGCCCCGGCACCGGUCCGGGCCCUUGUCGGGGAGGAUGACGGAGCUGCAGUCAGCGCUGCUACUGCGAAGACAGCUGGCAGAACUCAACAAAAACCCAGUGGAAGGCUUUUCAGCAGGUUUAAUAGAUGACAAUGAUCUUUAUCGAUGGGAAGUUCUAAUUAUUGGUCCUCCGGACACACUUUAUGAAGGUGGUGUUUUUAAGGCUCAUCUCACUUUCCCAAAAGAUUACCCCCUCCGGCCUCCUAAAAUGAAAUUCAUUACCGAAAUCUGGCAUCCAAAUGUUGAUAAAAAUGGUGAUGUGUGCAUUUCUAUUCUUCAUGAGCCUGGGGAAGAUAAGUAUGGUUACGAGAAGCCAGAGGAACGCUGGCUCCCCAUCCACACCGUGGAAACCAUCAUGAUUAGUGUCAUUUCUAUGCUGGCAGACCCUAACGGAGACUCACCUGCUAAUGUCGACGCUGCGAAAGAAUGGAGGGAAGACCGAAAUGGAGAAUUCAAAAGGAAAGUUGCUCGCUGUGUAAGAAAAAGCCAAGAGACUGCUUUUGAGUGACACUUAUUCAGCAGCUAGUAACUUCACUUAUUUCAGGGUCUCCAAUUGAGAAACAUGGCACUGUUUUUCCUGCACUCUACCCACCUAUUGCUGGACUUCUGUUGUAACAAGUUGGCAAACACUGGCUGGAACUGGGCUGCAAUAAAACAUGCCAGUUAUCAAUGCUGACAAGAGCCUACCAAGUGCCAACUUAUAGAUGAUUACGCAUUUUGAAUUCUAAUGAACUGUUUUAACCUUCAGGAAGAAUUGUAAAGACCUGUACAUAGCACAACCGGAUACUAUAUACACUGCUCAUGUACAUCCACAAAUACACCUUGUACCAAAUAAUGCUUUCUUGUAGUAGAAUAAGAAUCGUGUAAAUUCCAAAAGAUUUUUAGCAGUUUUUCUUUCCCUAUUCAUCGUUUCUUAUCAGUUUUUAAAGAUUCCUUAAAGCAUGUCAGAUGAAAAGCAAUUAGGAUUAAAAGUUUCCAUUUAAUUUCCUUUUAAACCACGAGGCUUCAUUAAAAUCUUUUCACUUACUAAA